GUCUAGACUUGUUGUUUAUGAAUAUUUUCAAUGAACAGCGCCAUUUCUAUGGGGUGAGCAAAAGCGAAAAUAGAACUGACUCAUUGCAGCUUUAGUCUGCAAGAUACGAUACGAAGCUAAAAAAGCUUCGUAGUAAAUAUUAGGAGACUUCAGUGCAAAUCUCUAUUUUUUAAUGGUUGUUUCUUAGGGCAAGCCUUUCAUACGUCCAUCGUAAAAUGUGUCGUUGCAAACCAAUUCGGACCCAAGCUUAGGCAAAACACCUCCUUAGCGAUACUGAUAUUCAAGUGAACUUUAUGUUUAUUUCAAUUUCCCCUCUAUUGAAAGUACUAACUCAGCUAAAAAUGACAGCCUACUACGUAAACGUUGCUGAGUGGAGCCCGGAACAGGUUGUAGACUGGAUGCGGGGCUUGGAUGAUACUCUUCUUCCCUAUAUGCAACACAUGCUUGAACAAGAAAUAAAUGGCCAUAGACUCCUCUCAACUACAGUUGAAGAUUUGCCUGUGUUUCACAUAGAUAAACUUGGCCACCAAGAAAUUUUCAUGGGAGCAGUUGAUUUAUUAAGAGAUUUUCAUUACAAUUUGGAUCGUGAAAAUCUUCAAUAUCUAGCUAUGCAGUUAGGCUGUAAAGCAAGAAGCCUCUUUAAUGAGCUGCUAAGUACAUGUCAUUCCUAUAACAAUGGCAAAGCUGAACAAGUGACUACUGCAACUUUGGCAGCAGUUGCAGAUAUCAUUGAUAGAGUUAAAGAUCUUCUAUCUUGGCUUGAUAGAGCACCCUUUGAUGGUCAUGAACCAUAUUUAGAAGUCAAAAGCAAAUUGCUUAAAAUAUGUCUUGAGCUUGCCACUAAUGCACAAAGAGAUUUGUUUGCUGAACACCCAGUUCAGGUUAUUAGAGAAGGCUGCCUCUCUUUAAUCACGAUUACUGAUAGAAUAAUAUGUGAGUUUCUGGAUCCGUUGGUAUUACAGCCAGCCUCCCUUGAUGUUGCGACUGUAAAAAAGAAACCCGAGGAAGAUGUCGUGCUUAUUAGUUCCCAUUCUAUUUCUAGUAGCUAUGAUGGAACUGAUCUUUGGUUACAAGGCAUGCUUAUUCAGACAUCGUAUAAAGGCGUCCAUGUCAUUGGAGGCGUAAAGUUCCAGAGUCCAGCCCACCAGUGCGGGAAAAUAGAAGAAGGUGACGAAGUAGUACAGGUUAACUAUCAAACGGUUGUCGGUUGGCAGCAGAAAAAGCUGAAAGCCGCAAUGUUAGAAAACCCAACUAAGGUGAUCCUGACUCUAAAAAAGCGGCCACGUCAUUCGAACAAUUUUGGUCAAAUCUACGUGAAACCUUAUCGUCUGCCAAGUAAGAAGCGCGAGUCGUACCACUUUCGGUGGCACUUGGGUGGUGAGAGUCAAACGAAGCCGGAGCUCACGUCGUCUUCCAAAGCCAUUGAUUCGAUUACUAUGAGCACGGUUCCAGUUGUACACAUUGCGCCUCCAGUAAUGGCUGAGGUAAUGGCAGCUGAACUGCCUUCGGAGGUGGAGAGUGACGAUACUGAUGAUGACAGCUUCUUGCCAGACAAUCACGACCCCAUCGCUGCGGCAGCCGCCGCUGCAGCCGUUGCGGCUGCUACAGGCUCGGAUGUAGCAGGAUGCGUGGCCGCUUCCCCAGCAAGUGUUCGACUAAUUUUGCCGAAAAACAGAUUGAGUAUCCAAAGAAGGGCGACAGUGACUGGUGCAAGUCCUACAUCGUCUCGUCCAACUCUCAAUAUUGAACAGUUCUGGAAGCAAUUGAAAGAAGGCCAGCAAAGUAAAACACCAGAGUUAUUCGACUUUCUCCUCGAGCAACAACAGCAGCCUGAACAACGGCCGCAUAGUAGUGUUGGCCACUACGAUGGUCAACCACGUGUACCGCACAAGAAAGAUUCAAGUGUCAACCAGUCAGACACCUCUGCGCCCGAUAAAGCAGGGUUGCUGCUGUUGCGAGAAAAGGAGAAGGUCCACGCUAUUCCGUCGGCGUUAAUGGCCGGAAAAAUCUGUGAGGAACCAAGUGAAUUAUGCACAGAGUUCAACCAAUCGCCAAAAGACAACAAACAAAUUGACGAAAGUGACGUAGAAAUUCGAUCGCCUUCACGAAAAGUGUCCCAGGAUCGACCACGGCUGGAUAAGAGUCAAAGCACUCCAACUUACGAAUUGGUGUCGGGCGACAUGAGUUCAUUUGAGGAGAAACUACGCGAUAUCCGCUUACGCAAACAAAGCCGAGUGGAAGAAGAAGCGCCCAAUCCUGUUAAAGAAAAUUUAAACCACAGCCCUUGUCCAAUUUCCAUUUCCAGCGUCGGAAAAGAUGCCCCGCCACUGUCACCUAAACCAGCCCUGCCUCCCCGAAACAAAGUUCGGCCUCCCCCGGAAGAAGACACAAUCGCUGACCCGGCUUUGGUUAAUGCAUUAACGCCGGUUCCAUUCCUUCCGCACACAGAAUCCACUUGUCAUAAUUCGCAUAUCAUUCCCUCCUAUGGCCCUAUUCCGGCACUUGAUGACAGAUCGGGUCCAGAGGCGAGCGCAGCAUCGCGUGAACUGUCGCAUUUGGGUUUGCGUCCGCAUGAAAUCCGCGAUCUGAUCCAUCGCGGACUAUGGCCUCGCCAUCCCGCCGAUGAAGAUCGAGUAGCGCUGCCUGCCUUGACUCGAGUAACCCGUCUGGACUCCAAUUUCGAUCCCGUUCCGGGUAGCACUGUUCCGCGGAUCGCUCCCUCCCUUUUGGUAACCUACGCUCGCCAUGACGAAGAAGUUCACGUGGCCCUUCCUCCAGUUAAAACGAGCAGUCACAACAGUAGUCAUUACGGUGCAAUUAAUUCUGCCAGUCGCACCCAAUACCAGCAUCUUAGUCAGCGCCCCGCAAACUACCAACAACAGCAACAACUAAGACAGCAACAACAGCAGCAACAAUCCGAUAAUGAGAGAUCAACAAGUGACGGUCUACGACAUCGCCGUGUUCCAUGUCGCGAAUUAGGAGAAGGCGAUUGUCAAGGAUGGCUGUUCCGACGUCGUCAGACACGUGGUUUUUUUACCGGGCCGCGAUGGACACGCCGUUUCUUCGUCCUGAAGCGACAUACCCUUUAUGGUUACCGCGAUCCCGAGGAUCAGAAAGCGGAAAGCCUGAUAUGCUUACCUGGGUUUAGUUCGUCUGUCGCCACCGAAGUCAAAUCGAAGAAGUUCGCCUUUAGAGUUUUCAAUCCGGGCACCAUGUUUUACUUUGCUUGUGAGACUAAGGAUGAAUUGAACAAAUGGCUGAACACGGUAAAGCAGUCAGCUACAGCGCCCUAUGGGAACACUGGUGAGGGUUCGAAUAUACACAAGGACCCCUCGUUUAUCACCAAAGGAGCUUAUUACAGUGAAACGGAAGACGAAUCCCUUGACGAAGCAGAGAACCAUAAGAGUGGUCUAUUCGGCUACACUAGGACGAAGGAAAGGGAAAGUCCCACCAGCGUUGCCCCCUUCCAAUUCGCACAAAACAACCCCAUUCGAAGGAGCAGUAACACUAGGUCGAAUAAAAAAGAGCCCUGAAAAUCCCUAUUCGACAGAGGAGAAAAGUUCGUCGUCUGCUUCCAAAGCCAACAGCCGGAGUCCGAUGGCUGCCAGUUUAGACCGAAAAUAUUUGCGUUUCCUACGUGUGGCUCCCGAAAAACAACCUGUACCGACACCGCAAUUCCGC